GGUUAAGAGAGAAUAGUUGUGUAUUUUUUUCUCUCCCCUCAUUAAUCAAUUGUAUAAUAAUUAAUUAAAAAAAAAAAUGAAUGAAAAACAAAAACAAAGUGUUAUCAUAAUCAAGUGUUUGAAAUAAUUAGUUUAAUAAUUAUUAUUUUAUUUUAUUAAAAAUAAAUGAGCAGUUGAGUAGAAGAAGAAAAAAAAAAGAAAAAAAAAAAACAUCAUCAAGUUUAUGAUUGAAACAUUAAAAGAAGCAUUUGCAUAGUGCAGUUAUGUGCUAUAAUUGUACAGAUAAUAUUGUUUUAUAGUGAUAAUAUGUCAAAAUCAAAUGUAAAAAAAAUACAAGUUGACGCAACUAAAUGUAAUGCAGACUUGAGAAGACCAAGUGUUUUUGAAAGAUUAGGAACCAAGCCAAUAUCAAUUGUAACAACACAACAACAAACAGUCAGUGAUUAUUGUAGGAAUUGGGCAUUGAAUGGCAGUUGUUCAUAUGGUAAAACUUGCAAAUAUGCAAAUACUCAUACUCUGAUAAGUCCAUCAAAACGAGUUAAAAAGGACAUCACAAAUGCAAGUACAGUGACACAGCCAAAAGAAGAUCACUUCAAACGUAUUACAUCAAAACUUGUAUCACAAACACCACAGAGUCCAGAUCUUGAUUUAGAAGAGUGGAAUCAAACUGAUUUGGAAUACGAAGACGAAAAAGUAUUGGAAAGACGUCGUCAAUUAUUACAAAAAGAAUUAGAAUUACAAAUGAAGAAAGAUAAAGAAGUACAUGGUAAAGAUAGAUCAAAACAUAAAAAAAAAGCUAUGAGUACAUCAUCAAGUUCACAUUCAUCAAGUACAUCAUCAUCAAGUAGUAGUUCAAGUAGUGAUGAUUCAUCAACAUCAUCAACAUCUGAUUCACAUAAAAAAAUUAAAAAAAUUAAACGUCAUAUUGGUAAUAAUGAUGAGAGAGAACGUAAGAAAAAAAUUAAAUUAAAACGUCUUGUUGCACAAAAAGAUAAUAAAAUUAUUAAAAAAAAGAAAAAAAUUGAUAUGACAACAACAACAUCAACAACAAAACGUGAUAGUACUAAUACAAAUGUUAAAAGAGUUAUUGUUGGUAAUACAAGAAAACAUAAUGACAUUAAAUCAAGAUCACCAAUACCAAGUUUAACAACAGCAGCAUCAACAACAAGUAAAUCAAUAAUAAAUAAAGAUAAAAAUCAUAGUGAAUCACCAAAAUUAAAAUCACGUGAUGAUAAAGAACAACGUAUACAUCGUAAAGGACGUGAUUAUGAUGAUUCAAUUAAUUUUCAAGAUAUAACAAAAUGUCGUAAUAUUGAUAAAUUAAAAAAUCGUAUUAAUGAUAAUGAUAGAACAAUUGUUAAGCCACGUAUUAAAGAUAAAGAACAAUUAAAAUCAAGAACACCACCACUUGAUCAACGUCCAAAACAACAACAGCAUGUAUCACAAAUAAUUGUUAAAGAUACAAAUAUUAAUAAAUUUCAUCGUAGUAGAACACCUGAAAAAUUAUUAUCACGUGUUAAACGUGAUUUAACACCACCAUUACGUCAUCAAGAUAAACAAUUAAUAUUACAAAAAGCAGCAGCAGCAGGAACAUCAUCAUCAUCAUCAAUACGUAAUCGUGAUAUUGAUAAACAUGAAUUUCAUAAAAAUAAAGAACGGGAUGAUAAUAAUAUUAGAAAAAAUGAAACAUUUCAUAAACGUACUAUUAAUCAAUUACCAGAUAAUCAACGUAAGAAUAUUAUUGAUGAGCGUAAUUCACGUUCACGUAUUAAAGAACAUCAUGAAAAAGAACAACGUAAUGAUAGAAAUCAGCAACGUUUUGAUCAACAACAACAACACCAACAACAACAGCAGCAACAACAUAAAGAACGUGAUGAUAUUGUUGAUCAUCGUACACGUGAAAGAACACGUGAACGUGAUAAAGAUUUAAUAAAAAUACGUGAACGUGAAUUACCAUUAUUAUCAUCAUCAUCACCAAGUGGUAGUUUUGAUAAAUCAAGAUAUCGUGAAAAAGAAAAAGAUGAUAAAAUAAAUUCACGUGAUCGUAGAAUUGAUAGAAAUGAACGUGAUAUUAAAGUAUUAGAAAGAGAACGUAUAACACAAAGAUUUGAUAGAAUUAUUGAAAAAAAUGAAAGAUGUGAACGUUUAGAACGUUUUCCACGUGAACGUUCACUUGAUAAAACAAUUGAUACUAAAAAUAUAACAUCAAAUAUACGUGAACAUAAUAUAACAGAACAAAUAUAUGAACGUGGACAAACAAAUAGACAUCGUAGAUUUAAUCAAAGAUUUGAAAGAGGUCAUUCAUCAACAAUGAUUGAUCAUGAAAGAAAAGAUAUUGUAACAACAAAACUUGAAAGACGUGAUAGUCCACGACAAAAUAUUGAAUUUGAACGUGGUUAUACAAGAUUACAAAAUGAUCAUUGGGAACAAUCAGAUGAAUCAACAACAAGAAUUGAUUAUCAUUCACAUGAUGAUGAAAGAAGAAAAGUACCAAUUGAAACACGAAAAUUUAUUAAUGACAGACGUACACGUGAUGAUACAAGACCACAAUCAAGAUAUCCAGUACAAGAUCAACGUCCAUUUGAUGAUCAUCAUCAUCAUCAUCCAGUACAUCCAAGUCAUCCAGGUCAUCCAGGUCAUCCAAUACAUUCAGCUCAUCAGGCUCAUCAAAUUCAUCCAGCUCAUCAAUUAUACAAUAAUUCAACUGAUAAAUUACGUCCAGGUAUUAUACGAGAUGAAAAUAAUGGUAAUGAUAAAUGGGAAUUACCACAUGAAAUUGAAAAACAUAAUCGUGAUCGUCGUUAUAAUAAUAAUAAUGAAUGGGAAGAACGUGAAUGGCGUCCACCAGCACCAAGAAAUCCAGGUAUAUGGGAUUGUGAAACUGUAACAAGACCAUCAGAUAAUAAUAAAGAUGAUUGGACAGAAAGAUAUGAUAAUCCACGACCAGAAUGGAAAAUUGGUGAAAAUCGUAAAUGGGAAAAUCCAGCAUUAUUAUUACGUAAUGCUGCAUAUAGAAAUGAAAGAUUAAAAGAAAUGGAACAUGGAGCAAAUGAAAAUGGUCCACAUGCUAAAAGAAGAGUGCCUUUUAAUAAUCCACCAGUUGGUGAAAAUAAAGAUGAAACAAUUGUUACAACAACACAUGUUGUUAAUCAAAUUCAUCCAUCAAAACAAUUACAAUCACAACCACCAUCAACAUCAACAUUAACAUCAACGUCGACAUCAACUUUACCAUCAAAAACAUUAACACAAUCAGUAACAGCAACAACAACAGCAUCAACAUCAACACCAACAGCAGCAACUACAACACCAGCAACAACAACAACAACAGCAGCAACACCAGUAGCAUCAACAACAACAACAACAAUAACAACACCAGCCACAACAUCAACAACAACAACACCAGCAUCAUCAUCAUCAACAACAAUAGUUAAUCCAACAUUAAAAGAAGAAACUAUUAAUAAAAAAUUAAUUGAACUAUCUGAAGGUAAAAUAAUAACUGAUAAUAAUUUAAUUCAAAAACAAGUUAUUAAUGAAAAUAUAAAAAAUGAAACACAAGAUACAAGUGUACCAGAAAUUAAAAAAUUAGAUGAUAGUUUUCAAACACAUCAUGUUGCUGAGAGUGAUCUAAGUGAUAUUAGUGAUGAUCCUGAUGAUAUACUUAAUAUGGAUGACGUUGAAGAAUCACAAAAAAAAUUAUUAAAAAAUGAAAAAAAUAAUUCAUCAAUUGUUUCAAUAUCAAUUAAUAAUAAUAUCAAUAAUAACAAUGAUAAUAAUAAUCAAGAAAAAAAUAUUGUUAAAUUAAAUAUUAAUGAUAAUACAAUUGAUGAUGGAGGAACAUCUGUUAUUAAACAAGAUAAAGAUAAAGAUGAUCCAAUAACAACAAGUAUUGAUGAUGAAAAUUUAGAAACAAUGGAUUUUGAAGAAAUAUCUGAUGGUGAACUUGAAGAAGAUAUUAAAACAAGUGGUAAAGGAUUAGGUGAUGCACUUGGUGUUGAUUGGGAAAGUCUUGUUAAAGAAAUUCAACCAAAAUGGCCAACAUCAAAUAAUGACAUUAAAUCAGCUCAUAGUCGUUGGCAACCAAAAGAAAUAUUUCGUAGAAUUGGUAUAUCUAAAAAAUUAGCUGGUAAUGAUUUUGUUGAUAGUUUUAUUAAUGAAUUAUGUUCUAAUGAUGAACAUGAAAAUAAUGAUUAUUUACUUAAUGACGUUGCUAUGAUGCAUACUGCAUUAUUAAGACAUAAAUUAAUCAAUAAUAGCACUAAAAAAAAUUCAUUAUUUAAUAUAAAUUUUAAUUCAUUUAUGAUUAAUAAAAUUAAUAAUCCAGAUAUAUUAAAGCCAUUCACUAAUUUAUAUGAUGAGGCUAAAUUUUUACUUGAACAA